AUGUCGUCCAAGUACGCUUUUACCAAGGGUCUGAAGGAGCUGCGCUUCCUUUUCUGCCAGAGCUCCCAGGACAGCGCUGCUACUCGCUCGUUCUUGCAGCGCGCAUACCCGACCAUGAAGAAGCACAACCCUUACACUCCCAUCUUGAUUCGCGAGGCAGCUGGUACUGUGCCUAGAGUCUACGCCAGAUACGGUCUCGGCCAAGAGAAGCAGGCGGCUCUGUCCGGCCUGACGGACCAGCAGAUCGAGGAGAAGAUCACUCAAUUGGUGAAGGAGUCGUCAUAG